GAACGGCAUUGACGUUGCUAAAGAUGGCGACAUUGGCGCUUUGAAGACGUAUUCUAAAGACUUAGUAGCCACCCUCCCAUCGAUGGGUGUGUUUGACCAUCGAUGGGAUGGCAGCCUUGUUUUUCCCCUUCGCUUUCCAGUCUCGACCUUCCCAUCGAUGGGAAGUUCCACCCAUCGCUGGGAAGCCUACUGCAAACUCAAAUUUUUUAACCGUUGGUCACCAAAUUUAUGGCCCAACAGUCACUUUUUUCAAAUUCAAACGGUUUUCUCACCUUUCACUAUAUAUAUCCUUCAUCUCUACUCAUUUUAACACACCUUUUUCACUUCAAAAUCUCCUCUAUUACAUAUUUCUUCAUCAUUUUGCUUCAAUCAUGGCCGGAGGAAAGAAGACAAAGGCUUCCAAGAAGAAGGGCAACGCCGAAGCUACGACCUCUGCGCCCCAGCCGUUUCCGUACCUGGACGGAUCCUUCUUGGAGUUCGGGUCGGAGGAGGAACUCAACCGGUUCCUCACGCACUUUGCCAAGCGUCCCAUUUCUCCGCCUAGGGUGCUGCCCGAGUUGUACCCUCAACAAAAGGGGUACCACGACCUCGACAAUCAGCCUCAAGCAUCGGGUCUGAGGUCGUUCGUCUCCAGGAGUCGCUCGAGCUUCAAUCCCGCCUUUGUGCGAGCCUUCUACUCCAAUCUCCGCCGGGACGGGGACACCAUUCGCAGUAGCAUCAAUCUCUACGACAUAGAGAUUGAUUUGGCUACCUUCGCUCGGGUCGCAGGGCUGCCCACCCGCGGUGACGACAUCGCAACAUAUGGCGGAGAUGAUUGGAUCCUCAACAACGAGGCGGUGGUCAUCCGAGAGCUUGGGAUCACCAACCUCAUCCGUCACAGCGGCGCACCAACAAUCCACUCAGCCUCGCCGGAGAAGCGUCUUCUUCUCUACAUCCUCACCCGGAUUCUUCGCCCCCGGGACGGUAGCCACACAUGUCUCUUCAACGAGGAUCUCAAGGCGGUUCAUGCUAUCACCCACGGCGCCUCGAUCAAUUGGGCAAAAUACGUCAUGAUUCACAUGGCGGAGUGCGCUUCCAUCGCCACUGAGCAGAGCUUGCCAUACGCCUUCCUCGUCAUGGACCUCAUCAUCUCCGCCGACAUCUCCAUCGCCGGCCCGGAUACGAAGAUGACAAAGAUUUGGAUAAUUCAAGACAACACCUUCCGGAAGAAGUCCGGAGACCGGGACGGUGCAGGCCCAAGUCGUGCACCAGCCCCCGCUCCCGCCAAGCCCUCUUUACAAUCCAUAGCCGAUACUCUGAAUCGGCUAACCCUCACAGUGGAUGGCAUGGGGCAGUCAAUCGAGCGGAUGGACUGGACGCUGCAACGCCAACACCACGACAUGACGGCGUUCUUUCGCGGCAUCAACUACAUCCCGCCGCCCUUUGACAGCACCUUCCUCGACCAAAACUAUGAAGGCGAGGAUGAGGAGGAUAACUCCUAUGCUCCAUCCUCCUCCCCCGACGAGGCUAUUUGAAGAUGCGGUCGACGGCGAUCCCAUGGACGUCGAGGACGACGAGGAUGACGACGAGGACGCCGAUGCUUAGACUUUUCCUUUCUCUUCUUCCUAUGAUUGUAUUUCUUAUUUUUUCCCAUUCCGUUGUAUUCCGCAUUUCCCUUUUUCAUGAAUAAAAGUUUACUUUUACAAUUCUAAAGUUUACUUUUCAUUCUUUUUGUUAAUGUCAAAAGGGGGAAGAUACUAAGGUUUUGAUAAUGCCAAACCGCCGUGAUCAAGUCGAACAUUGAAUAUACAAGGCGAAGAACGAAGAUAAGAGCAAGAGCUAAACGAAGACCAAGAACGAAGACCUUAAUCAUAGUAUUGAGUCGGUCUUUAU